AUGAUGGUAGCAGCACUAUCCAUUGCCAGUGGCAACGCUCUGCUUUUAAAGGGAGGGAAGGAAGCGUAUCAUAGCAACCAGAUCCUCCAUUCCCUGGUACAAGAAGCACUGGAACCAUUCGUUCCAAGGGAAACCAUUUCAUUGGUGAGCACACGUGAGGAGAUAGAGUCUCUGCUGGAACUGAAGCAGUACAUCGACCUAAUUAUUCCCCGCGGCUCUAACGAGCUGGUCAGUAUGAUACAGAAGCUCAGCCAGGGCAUUCCCGUCCUGGGACACAGUGAGGGCAUAUGUCAUGUUUAUAUUGACCAGGAGGUGGACGAGCAGAUGGCACUCAACAUUGUGGGGGACUCUAAGACAGACUACCCUGCCGCUUGUAAUGCCGUAGAAACCAUUCUGGUCAACAAGGCACAUCUCAGAACACUGUUUUUCGAGGAUUUGUUUGAUAUGCUGAGAUCUGAGGGGGUCAAGAUUUACUCUGGUCCCCGUUUAUCAUCUGCCCUGAAAUUCGGCCCCCCACCGGCCCCCUCCCUUCACACGGAGUACGGAGACUUGUCUGUCACCAUAAAGUUAGUGGAUGACGUCCGUGACGCCGUCCGUCACAUCAACAAGUACAGCAGUAGUCACACCGACACCAUAGUGACCAGUCAUAAAAACACAGCAGCAGUUUUUCUCAAGGGAGUGGACAGUGCUUGUGUGUUUCACAACACUAGUACAAGGUUUGCUGAUGGCUACAGAUUCGGUCUAGGAGUGGAGGGACUUGACUCCCACGAAAUGGCUCCUCCAUGGCGAGGGGCAUAUAGUGGAGGUUUUCUCGAAAGGAAAAUUGGAAUACCGACACGUGUCUCCCCCACUACCCAGGAACAAGCAUCGGAGGAGGAAGAACAUGUAGAACGGGAGGAAUAG